AUGGGUUGUGUGUUGAGCCAACACGACAAAAUUGGGAAGAUUGAGCAUGCAAUAUACUAUUUGAGUAAGAAGUUUACGGAUUAUGAGAAAAGAUAUUCUAUGCUAGAACGGACUUGUUGCGCACUAGCAUGGGCAACCCAUCGUUUGAGACAAUACAUGUUGAGUCAUACUACAUGGUUGAUAUCCAAGAUGGACCCAAUAAAGUACAUAUUUGAAAAGCCUGUUGUCUCUGGGAGGAUAGCACGAUGGCAGAUGCUUUUAUCAGAAUACGAUAUUGUAUAUGUCACUCAAAAAUCCAUCAAGGGUAGUGUUUUGGCUGCAUAUUUGGCUCAACAGCCCAUUGAUGAUUAUCAACCAAUGCAACCCUAUUUUUCGGAUGAAGAUAUCAUGGCUUUGUUUGAAGAGAAUGAGGGAGGUCAGGAUGAAAAGGCAUGGAUAUUGUUGUUUGAUGGUGCAUCUAAUGCAUUAGGGCAUGGAAUAGGGGCGAUGCUUAUUUCUCCGGAAAGUCAAUACAUAUCAAUGGCAACAAGACUAUGUUUUAAUUGCACAAAUAAUAUCGCAGAAUAUGAGGCAUGUGACAUGGGCAUUCGAGCAACAAUUGAAUCAAAGGUAAAAGUUCUAAAGGUGUACAACGAUUCAACUUUGGUUAUCCAUCAGUUGAAUGGAGAAUGGGAGACUCGAAAUCAGAAAUUAACCCCGUAUCAAGCUUACAUCAAGGGGUUGAUAGAGUAUUUUGAUUUUUUAAGAUUCCAACACAUUCCUCAUGAAGAUAACCAAUUAGUCGAUGCUUUAGCUACCCUGUCAUCAAUGUUCGAGAUUGCUCCAGACAGAGAACUACCAGUGAUCAAAAUGGAGAGUUAUGAGGAUCCAGUGUAUUGUCAUUUCAUCGAGGAGGAGUCAGACGGUAAACCUUGGUAUUUUGAUAUCAAACAUUAUCUUGAAACUCGGGAGUAUCCUAAAAGGGCAACUGAGAAUGAUAAGAGAGCAUUAAGGAAAUUGGUUGCUAGUUUCAUUUUAAAUGGGGAUGUCUUGUACAAAAGAAAUCAUGAUAUGGUUCUCCUCAAAUGUGUGGAUGCAAAAGAAACUGAAGUGAUAUUGAAAGAUGUUCAUGAAGGUACUUUUGGCAUACAUAUGAAUGGGCAUUCAAUGGCCAGAAAGAUUUUGAGGGUUGGUUAUUUUUGGUUAACCAUGGAAAAUGAUUGUUGCAGGCAUGUGAGGAAGUGUGAGAAAUGCCAAUUAUAUGCUGACAAUAUUAACGUGGCACCCACAACUUUAAAUGUUUUGACAUCACCAUGGCCUUUUUCAAUGUGGAGAAUAAAUGUUAUUGGAGCCAUAAAACCAAAAUCAUCAAAUAGACAUCGCUUCAUACUAGUUGCAAUUGAUUACUACACCAAAUGGGUAGAGACAACUUCUUAUGCCAGUGUGACCAGAAAGGUAGUGAAGAAUUUCAUAAAAAGAGAGUUGAUUUGCAUAUAUGGUUUGCCUAACAAGAUCAUCACUGAUAAUGCUACCAACCUAAAUAAUCAAAUGAUGGCGGUAUUGUGUACAAAAUUUAAGAUUCAACACCAUAAUUUUUCUCCUUAUCGUUUGAAAAUGAAUGGGGCAGUUGAGGCUGCUAAUAAAAAUAUAAAGAAGAUUAUACAAAAGAUGGUGGUCACGUAUAAGGAUUGGCAUGAGAUGCUUCCUUUUGCAUUGCAUGGAUAUCGUACGUCAGUACGUACUUCAACUAGGGCAACACCUUUCUCUCUAGUAUAUGGAAUGGAAGUAGUACUUCCUUUUGAGGUAGAAAUCCCAUCCUUGUGA